GCUUGUGCCCAGUGCCAAUUUGGACGUGGUGGAGCGACGUAGUGGCCCUCGCAGGCACUAAACCUCCUGGCACCCCUCACCCCUUACCCUCUCAAACACACCUGAAAAAUAAACACCAAAUAAACACCUACAAGAAAAAAUACGGUGGUGGUAAGAAAAUAGUAAGCACCCCAAGUUUGAAAAAUACAUUAUUUCCGUGCCAGUGAAGAUAAAUACAUAAUUUUAUUUCAGUGAAUUUUGGGCCAUUGUAAAGACCAAAAUAUGAAGAUAAAAAUGAAAGCCCAUGCUGCAAUAUAAACAAGAAUAAUGAUUAAGUGAACGCUCAGAGAACGAUGUGAGGUGUUCCUAGGUGACUAUCAAGAAGGAGGAGGAGAAAAGGACAAAAGAGAAAGGAGAGAAAGAAGGAAGAGAAGAGAGGAGAGGGCGGGCGGUGGGUGAUCCAGGAGGUGCCUCUUGGAGCACUGGAGUGCUGGAGUCUCCUCAGCUGAAACCCAAAGUGUUGAGGUUGGCGGCGUCCUGUGCGGGGCCGCCUGCGAGUGUGUGGAGGAGGUGUGAGCGAGGUGUUAUCAUGAGGACGUGAUGGUGCCGUGAUGCUGAGCGGCAGGUGGUGCGCGACCUCGCCUGCCCCCUGCUGCUGCUACCUUCGCCAGCACGGCGCCGCCCCUCCCGCCCACUGAUGAUGCGGGCGACUCCGCGGGCCGGCGGGGGCGGCGGCGCCUUGGCCUCGUCCGCGUCCUCAAGCAGAAGUACCUGCGAAUCCAAGUGACUAGGAUUGGGGACGUCCCGACGGGGGGGGCGCGACCCCCUUAACGCCGGGGGCCGCGCCUCUGGCCGAUAUGUGCGGGGUUGUCUCCGCGUGGUGCAGGUGAGCGCGCGCUACCUCAUCUCCGCCAGCCGCGCACCCUCCACCAUGAUGCGAUCCAAGAAAAAGGAAGGUGCCCUUAAACCUUCCCGCAAGCUAGAUAAGCGCUCUAGCCGCGGGGUUAUGUUCGAAAACGAAGAACUGCGCAUGCGCACUAUAGAGAUCAACGCCGAAGUGGACCGGGGCCAGUCAGACCUACGCAAGCUCAAGAAAGAGAAUGAAACAUUGAAGCAGCAAGUGUGGACGCUGCGUGACGAGUACGACAAACUUGAAAACUUUGUUAAAAAUAUGGACGGGGAUAGUGACGAGGACGAUGAUGACGAUGAUGAGGAUGAGGACGAGGAGCUGGAGCAAAGGUUCUGUCGGCCCAAGAUUAACGAGGAAGAGGGAGAGGACGAUGACGAUGAGGAAGCUAACGUAGAAACAGAUAACUUAGAAAAUUUACAAAAAGUGUACAGUGGUAAAAUGAGGAGUGUAGAGUACACUAUGCGUCAGGCAGCCACAAUGGAGAGUGGGCUGGCGGGGGGCUGCAGUCAGGCCCAGUGUGGGGGAGGGCCAGGCAGUGCCGCCUGUGCCGCCCCAGUAGACGGCCUGGCACAGCCGGGGUCGGUGCGGGUGUGUGUGCCUGACGACACACCUGCCUUCGUCGAUGUCGGGGAGGGGGGGACCUCCUCUCCCCCUGACCCCUUACAGCCCAGGACCUCUGAAACUUAUUUGUCUCAGACGGACCAUUUCAAUCUUGAUCAACUUCUUGAUUUUGCAUCUUCGUUUCACUACGACCGACGGAAGCACCUCGCUGAAGAACCUCUGGCGAUGGCACUUCCUCCUGAGGAGGAGCGACCAGCCUCGCCCUCCAGGGACAAGGUUAUUCCCGACCCUAACUACUCCACCGUCAGACGACGGUCUGCAACUGUCAUCGAAAAGCUGAAGAGCGGCGCCAACAGUGGGGCCCUGGUGAAAGAGGUGAAGCAGUUGUCGUUAUGUAAAGACGGGGCUACAGGAACCUCCUCAGUGCCCGUGAGUGAGUCCCCGGAAGUGACACACACAACAACAGUUAACUACUCACGUUCUUCCUACUUCUUUUCUGGCCCUCUGAACGGCAGCAGGAGCCAGUCUCUGGGCACUGGCCUCAAUUCUGCCGCUGGCGUUCGACCCCCCACCAGCCCCGCGGGGCCCCUCUACUCCUCCAGCAUUGCUUCCAAUAUCGGCACCUCAUCCUCGCUGGAUGCAGGGCUGCCUCUCGUCUCCGUGUACAACCCGCGAGCCUCCCUGGUGCGUCUCAAUAGCAUAGAGCCCAAUACUAUUAUGGUGUCGGUGGCUGAGAUGCCACAGUUGUGGGAUAUUACCACACAAGAAAUAAUUGACGAACUAGAACAGCAGGCAGAAGGAACUUUGUUGUCCAUCCGUGGCGUGCGUGUGGUGGGUCGUGCUGCGUAUAUUAGCCUGGGUUGUCGUGAUGCUCUGCAACAGCUGCUGCACCACGGACUUACUGUUCGUGGCGGCAAAGUGCCACUUAUUGACAUCACACGCGAGUCUAUCGUGCUGGCACUGACGGGCGUCCCUCACUACAUCGCUGACGCCACCCUCGUCAUCCUGCUUUCAGCCUUCGGCACCAUAAUAGGUGAACUUGAGCGUCGCUUCUACAAAGGUGUGGACACGGGCGAGCGCUUCGUACGCAUGAAACUGAAGAAACACGUGAAGCUGCCCAAGUACGUGACCGUCGGAGGUUGUCGCAUCGUGCUGACGGUCCACGGGCGCGACGCCCCCGCGCAGCUGCACGUGCCAGAAUGGGGCACCAAGCUGUCUCCCGCACCAGCACCCCCACCCACACCCCACCCCACCCACGCCCCACACCCUAGCGAUAACCCCCACACAGAUCUCACCACCCCCAUCUCCCCGGACUCUGGCCAGUGUUCAGAACCAUCUUCCAGUGAUAAAUCGUGUGAACGUAUUCUAGAGGGGCGGGACGGGAUGUCUCGCACUGACGCCAGUGCGCAGAGUGAUGCUCGGAUGAACACGAAAUCUUCCAAGACAUUCUCCAGCCGAUGUAUCGUAAAUCUGAAGCUGCCAGAGCGACCCGCGGCGGCCACUGCUUUACCUCGGGUCCGUGAGGGUAUCAACCCCCGGGACCCCGUGGGGCCAUGUCAAAGUGGGGGCGGUCUGGUGGUUAGUGCUACCCCUGCUACGCCUAUGGCUGCUGGGCACGUGCUGCGGGCGGGGUCGCUGUACAGGGGACCUCGAGGCCCUGACACGCCAUCCACUACAGCUGGUACAGGGGGUGGGUCUCCCGUCAGCGGAAGGAGACACUCUCGCCUGGGGAUCGACUGCCGCCCACCGGAGUCUCCACGCCCACGCCCCAACUCCGUGGUGUUCGAGGAGCAGCCACGGGAGGUUGCGGCGGCGUCGCGCGGGCUGCUGACGCCGCAGUAUCACUCCCACGUCGUGGCAUCCUCGUCAGGUCCCAUGCCCCUCGCUAAUGGCAUUCUGCGCAAGGCGUCGGGGUCAGAGCAGGAGGCGCUUCUGCCAGCCACUCAACGCUGCGCCGCCUCCAUCAGAAACAGACUUAAGAUAGGUCGUAGCAUGUCUUACGACGCCGGCAAGCAGAAACUGGCGGCAGAGAAGGAAAAGAAAAAGCUGAACAAAAUGGAAAGUAUUAGUGAGAACACCAUUAAUGACGAUGUGAGUGAUAUUACACCCCUGGGUGCAGGGGCUCGCAGAGACUCGGAAAAGAGUUCCGUCAGUGCUAACAGUAAGAGCAGCAGCAACACAAACAGAAAGAAGGAGCCGGCAAUAGAUCUGCCGUGGUGCGGUUGUUGGGGCAACGGUUGUUUUUAGUGUGUAGCAUUCACUGGUACCAGUUCCAUCCUUUAUAUUUAUCGUUAUUUUCUAGUCAAUAAUUCCUUGCUCCCAACGUUACCUAGUCUUUAUCAAGUAGUGGAUUAGUCUUGGGCAGAGACCAGAAACACACGUCUUGGCCGAGACCUUGUAUAUAUCAUGUCGUCCGAUCAAUGCCACAUUUACCAUAUUUAAUUUUCCACAAUUGUCAGUAAUCAUAACACUGCAACCAGUCGUUGUGUUGACGACACCUCUUUGAUAAAAUAAUAAUAUAUA